CCAGUACCAGUCAAAGCGCCGCGCGCGUCGCACGCAUGAGCACGAGUAUGUGCAAAUCGCAGUAGUGAAAGUCUCGCGCGCAGGUUCCGCUACGAUUUCGUUUGUCGACGUCUUCGUCUAGUUAUUCGGUUUGUUCGUUGCGCCAGUGCAACAGCGAAAGGAGGUCGCCCGCCUGUCCGCAACUCUUUUGGACGUUUUUUGUUUUAUUACAACGAACUACACUUUCAUUUGCAAAUCAUAUUUUAGACAGUUUUAAUAUGAAGGAGCCGUAAUAAAUAUGCAAACUCCGUAAAGCGAGGAGAGUGAUAAAACUAUAGUUGCUGUGUUUGUGUGUGACGAUAACGAUGAGUGGUGAACCGACACUGACGGAGUCUCCGGUGCCGGUGGCUCUGGCCCGUCUGCAGGGUCGGCCUGGGCGAUACCAGCGCGGCUUGCGCAACCAUCGUCCCAGCCUUCAACUCGCCAGCUUACAGGAAGCCAUAGAUGAAAGUCCUCGACGAUUUAGUGACGAAACGUUUAUACCUGACACAGACGAUGAUGAAGCGUACAACGAUGGUCCGAUUGAGGAGACUCCGACUCGACCUGUCGUUAAUGGACGCAGAUCUUCGGACGCUACUUUUGCCGAAAGAUACAGACAAUUAUCCGACUUUGACGAGCCGCCGCCCGAGGUACCGCGCAGGGCUUCCCUCGCCGUGCCUGUCGCCAACGAGAGAUACAGUCACGCCGAUAAGGGGCGCCGGCGCUCGUGGGCCGCACGUUUGCAACUCGAACGUAAGAAAAGGCGAAAAUCUGGAGGAAACGACACUGACGACGAGAGCGAAACACCGACAUACGUUCGUCAAAAACGACUAUCGUGGUGGAACGUGUUUGUACCCGAUAACAUGCUGAAGAACAGGUCUAGGCGCGCUUCGCAGCAACUGUCGAGAAGCGCCGAGAGUAUCGACCAGUCCUUCAAGAGGUCGAAAAGUCGUUCAGUAGAUCAUGGAUUCUCCCCGCCUUUCGACUUGGAAUCUCUGCGGUCUAAAGUCGAAGGCAGAUUCGACGCAGUGCAUAGAGAUGAAGACGACCAAGCUAAGAGGCUACCGCCCCCACCUCCAAUCAAGACGAUGACAUACACGGUCCGCGACAGGGAUACGCUGACGUCACUGGCUGCGAGGUUCGACACGACCCCGUCUGAACUGACCAAGCUGAAUAGGCUCGCGACUCAGUUCAUCUUUCCCGGACAGACUUUACUCGUACCGGACAAAAGAAAAGAUGGCGACAAGGAAUCGGAUGGUCCCUCCGAGAGUGGAGACAACACUUCGGAGUCCACGCAGGGUCCUGCCAGUGAACCUGCACAGGAAAAAGAGAUUUUGGACAGCCUCCGCCCCGUGUCUCCGGAAGCUCCUACGAGCAGCAGCGGCCCACAACGGUUCCUGAAGAUUAACGUGCGACACAUCACUGAUGGACAGGGCGUUGUAUCGGGCGUGCUGCUGGUGACGCCGAACGCGGUGAUGUUCGACCCGAACGUGUCCGACACGCUGGUCAUGGAGCACGGGCCCGAGUCGUACGGCGUCAUCGCGCCGAUGGAGUACGUCGUCAACGCAGCGAUAUUCUACGACAUCGCGCACAUGCGCACGCACGGACCGGACCGCAACACGCACAAGGCUGAGCAAGCUGAAAUAUAUUAUAUGAAUAAAGCAGAUCAUUCCCCUGGAAAGGAUUCCCUACUAGUCAAAGACGAAACGUUCCCAGAGCUGCAGGCGGCUGGUGCUGAAGGGGAGGAGCGUCCCGUGUCGCCCGACGCUGAGGAUCGUGGGGGUGCCGCCUUCCCCAAGGCCUUCGAGAGGGAACUCGUCACUCCCACUGCUUUACAGCAACAAACGACCGAGGAGAGACGAAAAUCUUUACUGGACCAUCACUGGGCCAUUCCGAGCAAAGACAGAAUGUCCAUCGAUCAGGGCAGUGAGGUGUCUUCGAGCGCCUCCCAGUGCAAGGAGGAGAGCCUGGAGGCGUCUCGUGAACGCGCCGACAGCUCGGAGGGCGGCGACGGCUCCGAGGACGCGCCCGCCGACGACGCACACCACCUCGUCAAACUCUCCUACCACGACUCCGGUAUCGACAUCCGCGACCCGCUCCUUCACGUCACGCCGAACAACACUAAAAAGGUGUACAGCGAUGCGGAUAUCGUGCUGUCUGCGGACUGGGUGCCGCCGGUGUGCGUGUCGCGCGCCGAGCCGCCAUUAUCGGCGCCGCCGCUCGGGGAGAACGAGAGGGCGCCGCGGAAGUCUACCGUUUCUUUCUCGCUUGAUGGACAACAGCAGAAGGACGACGCCGCUAAACCUGAUAAAAAGAAUAAGAUGCUGAAGAGGCUCUCUUACCCUCUGUCGUGGGUGGAGGGCCUGACUGGCGAGGUGGCGUCCGGCACGCAGGGCUCGCAAAGUGACUCUCUACCCACUUCGGCCGACAGUCACAACUCAACAAGCGUCUUUUCCAAAGUAUUCAACAGCUCCCCAAUGAACUUAGUCGAGUUCGGCACUGGUUUGUUCCUGAAUAAGACCCCGUCCGAGGAGGCGCCCCACGACGUGUUCGCGACGCCGGGGCGCAGUUCGUUGGGUGGGUUUGGGCGUUCUCAAGCCAAGACCUCAACGAGCUCGAUGCAGCCGCGCCUCGACUAUCGCAGCAUGGUCUCCGUGGAUGACAUGCCUGACCUUUUCGCCUCAUUCGACAAGCUAAUACCCAGACCGGCGCGUCCCAGCGACGAUCCCCCGCUGUACCUGCGGCUCCGCAUGGGCAAGCCGGCCGGCCGCCCGCUGCCGCGCACCACGCCGCUCAUGUCGUACGGACGGAAACGGAUGAAGCCGGAAUACUGGUUCGGAAUCCCACGCAAUCGCGUCGACGACCUAUUCAAGUUCCUAACUCACUGGGUACCGGACCGGUACGGGCCCCUCGGUGACGUCACCGCUCAGGGCUACGAGCUCAUCGAUAGCGACACCGAGUGGGACGACGACGACCCCAAGCCUGGCAAUAAGGACGAUCGCGCCAGCAGCAACGACGACGUGUCUGACAUCACGCGCGAGUCAUGGGAGCUCCUGAAGGCGCCAUACGUGAAAAUAUAUUCUAUAAUGAAGAGCCAGGCCGAGGCACUGGGCGACUCGCUCGGCGAGGAACCCCAGCAGGAGGUAUUGUCGAUGAGCGAUGAGCUCCGACGCGCGCUGUACUCGUCGGGGGCCUCCGUCGACAUGGAGUUCUUGCCGCCCGACCUCAUUGGCGCCACGGAAAUAUUCACCAUGGAACACAGGGAGAAGUUGUGCAGCGUGCUACCGGCUCGCGCUCAGGGGUACAUGUGGUCGCUCGCGUUCAGCACCAGCCAGCACGGGUUCUCGCUCGCCUCCAUGUACCGCAAGAUGCAGCGCGUCGACAGCCCCGUGCUCCUCGUCAUACAGGACACCGAUAACAACGUGUUUGGGGCCAUGACGUCGUGUGCUCUACAUCCGUCUGAACAUUUCUACGGUACUGGCGAAUCGUUCCUCUAUUCGUUUCAAAGGAUUGAGGAAGACACGAGCCCGGGGGCUCACGGCCCGGUCCACGCCGACGACGCGAACAAAGAAACAGAUUCAGAUAAUCAAAGCGACGCCAAAAAGGAAGACAACGAACAAUCGCAAACGGUCAAAACUAAAUUCAAGUAUUGGGGAUGGACGGGAGACAACAUGUAUUUUAUUCGUGGGAGCAACGACAAUAUAUCGAUCGGCGCUGGCGAUGGAAAAUUCGGUCUGUGGCUGGACGGAGACCUGUACUUGGGGCGCACGCAACGGUGCAAGACGUACGGUAACGAGCCGCUGACGACGCGAGAGGACUUCAUCGUGAAGAUCAUGGAGUGCUGGACCUUCAUCUGAGCGGCUCCGAGCCAGCCUCCGCCCGCGCCACCCCCGCGCAUCUAAUCUCGACACGAAACAAGCUUUACAUUAUCUUAUGAACUUUGCUACGAAAAUUUGACACUUUUACAAAUCUGUCUAUACGACUUUUCGAUGCAGUUGAGUCAGAAUUUUUGUAGUGACUACGCGUCCCUAGUCAAGCGUACUGAGCCCUGACCAAUGUUUACGUGCUCGUCGAGUAUCGAUGCGUGUCCGGAUACAAGCGCCGCACUGCGCAGGCGCGUUAAUCCUAGUCAAUUGUCGUUGAGUAAGUUGGAGAAGCGGCGCGCGCUCCCCCGCGGUCCGGUGAUCUUUACGUGUCAAUUCAAUUAAAUAUUGUGCAUUGUUGUUAAGUAACGUAAAUAAAACGUAUUUGUAACAAACAAACAAACAAACAAACAAAAAAUGAUUAUUGUAUGUUAUGUAGAAUUUUAUGCAUACAUAUAUGUAUUUAGUUAACGUUUAUCGUUUAGUAGUCAUCGGUGUGUCAGUAUUGAAGGUGAACGUAAUCCCGAUGAUUUUAGUUCGUUGCUGUGUAUUUUCGUAAGAGGCUACUCUACUGGUGUCGGAGAAUUUGCAAUGUUUCAAGCUAUUCUUGCCGAGCAGACGGGGGCCGAAUGACUCAUACCAAACUAUGAUUAUCAUUACUCGAUUUCGUCGUAGAUGUAACAUUAUUUAAUUUAUAUGUAGUAGAAAUAAAAUGUAUUAUGUUAUCGUGCCUGAAUGUACUGAGUCAUAAUAUUAAGUUAGUUUGCAAUUAACUAUUGUGUUAUAUAUGUACUGUGAUUUGAAUAAUUGAAUUCAUUUAAUGCCACCUUAUAGUUGAUUUAUAUCUGCAAUACGAUUAUAAUGUGUUUUUUUUUUAAAUAUUUUCGAUUAUAAUUUUAGACGAUAUAUAAAUUUAAAGUUUUCAAAUAUAAUUUAUCGAGGCAGAAAUAUAGAUUGAUUUCGAUGUGGCGCUUCAAUUUUGAAAUAAGUAGCCGAUAAUAUAUAAAAUGAUUAGUAAUGAAGUUUAAAAUAGUUACUCUUAGAAAGCUUUAUAAAUGUAAUCGUCAUUGUGCUUAGUAAUCGUUAGCAUGAUGUUUAUUACUCAGAUUAAUCUGAUAUUCAACAAUAUUAUUUUAUUGACGUAAAAUGUAUCUUAAGGCACUGCGAGCUACGCGCCUCCACUUAGAUACGAACAGCAAGUUGCUUUAAAUUAGUACCUAUUCAUGUGUCAAUACAGACCUCGCAAGAUUAUAACUUUCCAAACUACAAUGUCUGAUCCAAGGUGCAGGUCUCUCAGCAGUGUUGUCAGAUGUUGCAAACAUUCAUGUAUACAUCAGGAACGUCAUAGAUAAAAUUAGAUUUAAAUAAUUUAUCGGCAUAAUUAUUGUUAUGAAAUUUAUAAUUAGACUUGUUGAGUAGCAGCGAAAAUUUUAUUUAUUCCAUUACAUAUUAUGGUUUCCCUAAUGCGGUCUCUGUAGACAUUACUUUCUUGGUGAUUUAUUGUGUAAUUCUAAGUUGUUUAAAAUAUAAAUCAAGCCAUAAUAAUUAAAACUAUAUUCUUUUGAAAAA